GAAUCCAGAUUGGCCUACCCUAUACUACUGUGAAUUUUUUGAUAACUUCAUGUCCCACUUGUUUUGUCACAUUUAUUUGAAAUAAUUUAACCCUACAGACCACAGUUAUGUCUGCAUCUAACACUAAAUAUAAACUGAGGCAAUUUGAAUGCAUUGAAGAUGUUCUCCAAGAAAACAAGAAUAGCAAAGAUGGAAAUUCUAACUCCGAUAGUAGACCUGUGCUGCGGGAAACGUCAGCUCGUCUCAAUCGGCCGCUUGAGAUGAGCUCCUUGCUACAAAGGCUACCAGAAGAGGCUAUGUCUACUGACGAUUUCCUUGAUAUUGCUUCAGGGUCAGUUGAAAGCCUGUCUUCUGCGGAUGCUGUAGACGCUGCAGGUGGUGACAGAAGUGAACAUUUUGUUCACAGCCUCAUGACGCCGAGCAAGAGAAGAGGUCGCCCGUCUCUGCUACACACCGUGCUGAGCUCCUCGGCUCAGAAGCGCCAACAGGAGCAGCUUGCUUCUCCUCAGCACAUCUUGUCUCCGCUUCGUGAAGAACAGGCAUUUUCGAACUCACCUUCAAGCAAGACCACACCUGACCGUCCUCAACUCCGGGACAAGAGGGUUAGCAGGACCCCCACAACCCCUCGUGCCCCAAGCAGGGCUCUGCUAACCCCCAAAUGUAUCCCCCCAUCACCUAAACGUGGACCACGAACGCCAUCUAGCAGACGGUCCCUCGCCCCCCAGCUGGCUGACUCCCCCGCGCCCCCCACGCCAGCCUCCUUCAGGCGCCAGCUCAGACAACGUACGAACAAAAUUGUGUAUGACGCCGGCUGCUCUGAAGAUGAAAGUGACAUCUCAAUUUCUGAUGACGACGACAAGGAGUUCCUGCCUUCAGAAGCCUUAACAAAUGCAAGGGAUGCGUCUUCUGAUGAGGAGGAAGAGGCCAUCGUACAUCCCAUGAGAGACAAGCGGCCUGCUGCUGUGGGGGUGAAGACUCCUGUGAUGCGCAAGAAGCAGAGACAGGCAUCCAAUGACGAGGAGGAGAGCGCCAGUAGCGACUUGUACUUCCACCACAACGACGGCACCAGCGGCGGCGGUUGCCGCACGUCAGACAGAACGCUGAGCGAGCUGACCGUGCCGCGUCUGAGCUGCGAGGCCCUCAGGACCAUCAUGGACAGCGCUGAGGUCGACCACCCGCUCCAGAGGGAGACCCUCCUACAGCAACACUCUGCUCUCUUCAGCAAGUGGUGCACGCUGCUGCAUCACGGUUUUAACGUCUGCACGUAUGGCGUUGGCAGCAAGAAGCCCUUACUGAUGCGCUUCCAGCAGCAAUGCCUCGCCGACACCGACCACAUCGUCAUCAAUGGGUUCUUCCCUUCACUCACCCUCAAAAGUAUACUUUCGUGUAUUUUGGAGGAAGUAUUGAGUAUUGACGACGCCCCAACCGGAGUACCAGACCAGCUGGAGCAGCUCUACCAACACUACAGUCGGCCAGCUGUUGCUCCUCUCUACAUACUGCUGCACAAUCUUGAUGGAACCAUGCUUCGGAACCGCAGCGUCCAGCAGUCGCUGUCGCGUCUCUGUUCCUUGCCUGCAGUGCGUCUAGUGACGUCAGUCGACCACAUCAACGCUCCUCUCGUUUUGGACAGCGGUCGCGCGUCGGACUACAACUUCAUCUGGUUUGACUGCACGACGCUGGCACCGUACACGGAGGAGACUGCGUAUGAGAACAGCCUUCUUGUGCAACAAGCCUCCACUCUCGCCCUCGCCUCGCUCAUACACGUCUUCAAAUCAUUGACCCCGAGUGCGAAGGGCGUGUUCCUCUUGCUGGUGGAAUACCAGUUGGAGAUGCAACAGGAUUCCAAUUACACGGGUAUGAGCUUGACAGAGCUGUACAAGCAGAGCAGAGAACGCCUGCUUGUGAGCGCAGAGCAGACUCUGCGUGUGCAGCUCGCAGAGUUCAAGGACCACAAACUUCUGCGGCAGCGCCGAGCUCUCGACGGUACAGAAACGCUCCUUGUGCCGCUCGACGCUAACUCAUUACGAGAGUUUGUUGAGCAGCAGAAGCAAAUGGAAUGAUGUGGUAUGCGUUCAGCAACUGGAAUGAUGUGGUAUGCGUUGAGUAACUGGGAUGAUGUGGUAUGCGUUCAGCAACUGGAAUGAUGUGGUAUGCGUUCAGCAACUGGAAUGAUGUGGCAUGAAUCGAUCAACUGGGAUGAUGUGGCGUGCAUCGAUCAACUGGAAUGAUGUGGCCUGCAUCGAUCAAGUGGAAUGAUAGGGCAUGCCAUGUUGCAGAGAUUAAACAUAGCGAUCUAUCGAAAACACGCGUCAAAGACCUCUAGACCACCUAUCGAAGACCUCUAGAAAUCGUCUGUUUUAUUUAAUUAGAUUCUAUCCUAGCAGCAUGUGUGCUGCGUCGUGUAACAUAGGAAGCAUGAACAUCGCCUACUAUAAACUUCUUUUGAAAUUAGAUAUUAAUUUUUCUUUCUUUCUAGUCUGGUUCAGCUAUCAAAUUAUUGGUUAGGUUCAUGGCUACAGUGUUGCAUGAUGGCAAGCUCUGCUGAUAAAUACAUACUUUUCCGAGUUGAUCAUGCAAAUCUUAAAGCAGAGAAUUCGUGUGCAGAUCUUUUGAACAAUUUCAAUUAGGAUGAAAUCACCAUUGUUCAUUUAUUUAAUUAUGGAUAAUUUGUUCCUCAUAGAAGCUGUGAAAAAUGUACCUAAUCAUUUGUACGGUUUAGAGUUGUCAUACGUUCCAGUCAUUCGCUUGUAUUCUAGUGUCACACAGAUUUUGCAAACAAUUUCAUACGCAAUUUAUUUUUUGCGCUGUUUGAACCUUAAUUAGUAAUUUAUCCUUGAAUACGGAUUUUUUACAGUUGUCAAUUAGUGUUGAGAGUAAAUUUCAUAAAGUGAAGGUAUGAAAACAACAUUUCAAAAAAAUUUACUUGUAUAUACAAAGAAAGAAUCUUGAAUAGCCUGUUUCAUCUAUAGAAUUGUGCAUAAAACUACUACUACAUUGGAAUAGUAUGGAUUGUAAAUCAGAGUGCGAGUGGAAAAUGCUUGCUGAAGGUUCUUUGUCAAAAUAGAAAUAUUAUUCCGUUAAUAGUAAAAAAAACCGUAUUAGAUAAAUAUAGUAAUAAAUUAUGGUAAAGAGACCAAUAAUUCUAUCAUUUUGUUCGGUUGUAGCGCUUGCCAAUGUCAUUGACACAUUAGUGAUUCAUUUGAAGUUAGAGAAUUGUGGGAACAAAUUAUAGAAACUGCGAUUGCUAUCAAGCAAUGGCGUCAUCAUUUAAAACACAAGCCCUGACAGCCGAAUUUUAGAUCAACUCAUUUUAUGAAUCGCUUUACCUGCCUGACUGCAUUCGCGAGGAACAAACAACAGCCUACUGGCCUCUGCACUUUGAAAAAUAAAUUAUUCA